CCAGUCCUAUUUCAUCCUUCGACCUUCCUCCGUUCUCUAUCUUUUCCCGUUUGCAGCUCGCAGUUCAUCCAGCGCCAUGUCAGGAAACGUCGAUGUCGAUACGCUCCUCGCCUUGAUUAACUCCUCUGCGACUGCCGCAGUCGCCGAAUGGCAGAAGAAAGGGCAGGAUGUCCCGCCUCUCUCUGCGCCGGAGACGCACCCGAUCGACACCGCGACAGACGUUGUCGCGCUCAAGAAGGCACUGCGCGUACUCGAGGGUGCGUGUGAGCACCUCACCACGUUGCUCAGCCCCAACGGCCAGACAAUCUACCAGCGAUCGUACAACAUGGACACGCAUAUGCUCCGCGUGACGGUCGAGCGCAAGGUCCCCGACAUCCUCGCCAAGUACCCCGAAGGACUCCACGUCACAGAGCUAUCCGAGAUGAUCGACAUUCCCGAAGUCAAGCUCGGGCAGAUCAUGCGCGCCAACGCCAUGCGUCACAUCUUCCUUGAAGUCGACACCAACGUCUUCGCCAACAGUCGUCUUUCGCACUCCAUGCGGUCCGACCUCCCCAAUGGCUUCGGCGCCAUCGCGUCCCGUGGGCUGUGCGAGACGCAGCGCGCCGGCGCACUCCUCUCGGAGUCCCUCGCCGAUCCCGAGUACGGUCCGUCAUUCGAGGCGAGCCAGAGCGCCUUUAUGUACUACGCUCGCAAACAGCAAGGGUUCCAGGGCAAGGCGGUGUUCGAGUGGCUUCAGGCGAACCCGGAAAGGAGGGAGAACUUUGCGAUCGCAAUGGUGGGUAUGGGAUACAGCUUGGGUGGACUCACGGUUCUCCACGCCUUCCCAUGGCAGAACUAUACGUCCGUCUGCGAUAUUGGCGCUGGCGUCGGCACCGUUGCGCUGCACCUCGCACGCAAGUUCCCGAACCUCAAGAUUACGCUGCAGGAUCGCGAGGAAGUCGUCGGCCAUGCUAUUGAUCAUUGGGCUAAGGCAUAUCCCGAAGCCGUAUCAGAGAAACGAGUCGACUUUGUCCCGAUAGAUUUCCUCGUUGGCACGCCGAUCGAGGGCUGCGAGUUGUACUACCUUCGCUUCAUUCUCCACGACUGGCCCGACUCAGACGCGCAAUUGAUCCUUAACAACGUGCGCAAGACCAUGGGUCCCAACAGCCGUCUUCUUCUCCAUGACUACGUUGUCCAGCACCUCGACCGCAAGUCCGGUCUGGGCGAGUCAAGCACGUACGGCGUUGAACCCGCGCCCGAGCCUUUGCUGCCCACGUUCGGCGCGGGCCGGGCACGCGCACAUUACAUGGACAUCAGUAUGCAGCUGCAGUUCAACGCAAAGGAGCGGUCGCUGGGCGAGGUGUUGGCUCUUGCGUCGAGCGCCGGCUUCAAGUUUGAGAAGUACUGGGAUCUGGCGGAGACGUCGAUGGUGGAGUUCAGCCCAGCUUAGAAGAAUCAAACACUUUCAUCGUUUGGAAUAUUGAAACAACGUUAACGGAUUGUAAAUUAUACCUGUAUAGAGGGCUCGCGUACCUAUUAUGUAUGUAUUUCGAUUAAACCUGAUUCCUGAAUGUAGUUGCAGUGCUCCG